CUAGGGUUUCGUGCUGUUGCUCCUGUUGCUGCUGCUGUUGCUGCUCUUGCUCUUACCGCGCUUGGCCUCAAGCUCCCUCCCUCUCUCUCCCUUCCUCGGUCUAUUCUAGAGCUGCUGUUUCUUCCUCUUCCUCCUCUUUCCUUCAACCUGGGACAUGCCCUGGUAGUGGGCCACCAUCUCCGCUACCAUGGAUGCUGCUGUCCCCGCGGGUGACCAGACCAUCUGGCUCGACGCCUCGUCCUUCCUCUCCUCUGUCUGCAAUGAGCUGAGUGUUGGAGAGCUGGUCCAUGGCGAAAACUUCAGAUUGUUUGAGGCUAUGUCAGCAUUGGAGAUUAUGGACCCGAAAAUGGACGCAGGCAUGGCCACCACAGGGUUCAAAACCUUUGAAGAGGCCAUAGAAAGCGGCGCAGCUCCAAUUGAGCUGACCAUCCCGCAAUUAGUGGAUGUUUUCGACCAUAUUCUCGCAUGUGAGGCUACGUGGCAAAACGGUCAUGCCCUUGCGCAGACUGUAUUUUCUUGCCUUUACCUCUUGAAUGUGGAUCGAACAGCUCCGAAUGCCUUGCUUCAUGCGUUUUGCAAAACUACUCGAGCCUCUUGUAGCAUGAUACGAACAGCUAUUGCACUGGCGGAUAUCCACGAGCAGGAAGAAGAUUUUAUAACAAUGGCAUACGGUUUACCCGUUGAAGGAGAGGGUGACUCUAGGUGCUUGGCACUUUUGAACACAGUAGAAGAAGUUGUUGCUAGGCAGCUGCGGGGAUGCAAAGGUGGCCUUUCUACGAAAAAGAAGAGUCUUGAAGAUGCCGAACCGUUGCAAGAUGAUCCUGCUCUUGAAGAGGGUUACUGCCACGCUAUUUUAUGCCGACUGCGGUUUCGUAAGGCACUGUACCAUAUUUUGACCUACAUGGACAAACCUCAAGGAAGAGGAUUAGAAAUGGCUCGUAAGCACAUCUUAGUUGCUUUGUCUGAGCUGCAAAAUAUACGUUCUUCGUCGGCAUUCCUAUCUUUUGGGCAGGCCCCUGACUCUGUAGUUGAAAGUAAGGAACGAGGUUCAACUGCUUCCGGAAGAGUUGCUAUAGGGUUUGAUGAGUGUGUGAAUCGAAGGCUAUUAGCUCCCACUCCCCCUCGGUCAAUCAGUAUUCUCAGCUGGGAAGAUACUUUAGCUUACUUUGAGAAGCUAUUACAAGACCUGGACCGUAUCUGCUCCCUACCUAUGACGCUUGGAUUAGAGGAGAUUCUGCAGUUUGUGAUGGAUUACCAGAAAUUAAAACCUGAUCUUUUCGCACGGGCUAGGUUACAGCUGCUUCUACUACAUGACGGAAAGUUACUAGGGAGGGAUCCAUUGGCGAUUGCGUUGGUCAAAGUUUUCAAUGUGCCUCAAAGUGUGAUGGCAAACGAUCACCAAACUCAGGCGUUCACUACCCAGGCUGCCCGAGUCACAAAACAAUUACUGAAAAUUAUGUGCACCAAUACAGCUUGGCAACGGCGCAAGCUUGGCAGAAUAUUGCAGGACUGGGGUAACUUGCUCCAGCAGUCCAAGGUGACUCGAGAUGUUUCCAUUGAAGGCAGUCAAUUGGGGGAUGAGGUUAUUCAAACAGAGAACAUGUUGACAGCCUGGGUAGCAGAGCAGACAUGCUGGGUUGUACGUCAAUUCCUGAUGUUGGGAUUUCAGUUGGAUCUUUACUCACUAAGCGAGUUUUGCAUGGUGUACUGGUACUUGGAUCACGUGUUGCUGUCGGCUUUACAUUACAAGCUUGCUAAGGAGAGUCAAACGACGCCCGCGAUAGAUUCUCCUGAUUCAGUCAAAAAGAAGGGAAAGAAGAAGAAGGGAUCUGCAGCUUUGAAGCAGCCUAAAACACCGAAGGAUGGCAAAUUUAUGUAUUCAGUCCACCUACUGCAGUGCUACAGCGACCUUUGUAAAGGAUUUAUCUGGAUGUUGACAGCAUUAACGCGAGAUCGCAAGCUCCUUCACCGGGAAACGAUAUUUAACACUGAGCAAGAGAGGUUCUUCCAGAGAUUCGAUUUGCUGCAUAAAUUGAUGAUUCCAGCGCCUAUGUCUUAUUUUCACUACAAAGACAGCACCAGCCAGAUGCACAUUUCGGUCAAGGAGCUUUACCAACUGUCGUAUGACCAUUUUAUGGCUGUCCAACAGCAUUUGCAAGAACUCGGCGCAUCAGCAGCCAAAGCCUCUGAGCUUUCUGCAGUGAGUCGUACGCAGUUGGCGCUUGAGGUCAAGCAAAUGGAACAAGUUUCUCUAAGAAACCGUGUAGCUCUGCAGAUAGUGCAUCAAGUUGGUCCCGGAGAUAACCUUCGAGUUUCCUUCGAGUUUUCUCAGCAUCCCUGCUUUCCGGUUGCUGUAGUGAAAAAGUCUUAAUGUGACCCCUUGAAGAGAAUAAAUUGCAAGAUUUUGAUCCCCAGAUUCGAAUAAUAUAUAGUUCAUUAGAUAGAUCUGUUGACAUGCUUUUAUCUCUUGGUAGAUGUAAUCUGGCUGUGGUAUAUUUGUAUGAAAGUGUAAUCUGCAAUCAACUAUUUCAGUUGAUAGGAGACAUAAUUCUUAAUCUUCAUAGAAUUUAGGAUCAACAUUGUAGAACUUCGGAAACGGAGUAAAAUGGCAAGAGCAACGUACCCAA